AUGACAAUGAACGCUGAGUACAUAGAGCAAUCCCCAGGUUGCAUGCGACUAUGCAAUCAAGCAGGAAAUAUUCCUGUAUUUACAACCAACGUGAAAAAGGAAGAUGUGGAUACCUUGUUGACCGAAGGGAUGACGCGACUCACCUUUGAAGAGUUGCAGCAAGAACAAGAAGACUUACACGGAGUCUCGGCGACGAUUUCCGAGGAAAAGGUGGAAGUCAAAGUCUUGCUAGAUAGACUGGACGAGCAUCUGAAUAGAAUGAAAAUGGGAACCGCGUUUGCUUGCGCCCAGUCGCUGAAUCGAGAUUUUUGCCAAAACUAUGAUUUCCGCAUGAUGUUUUUAAGGGCAAACCGAUACGACCCAAAGGUUGCUGCCAAACAAAUAAUCAGAUUCUUGGAUAUCAAAUUGGAGCUUUUUGGUCUGGAAAAACUAACUGAAGAAAUUACGCUGAAGGACUUAACUGUGGAAGACAAGGAAGACUUGCUCGCGGGAAGCUUCCAACUCUUGCCGUUUACGGACCGUGCAGGAAGAAGUAUAGUCCUGGAAAUUGCAGGACUUAGAAGUGGCAAAAGUCUUUUGAGUGAACUGAGAGCUCGAUUUUACCUCGGUAUGAAUGCAAUCAAGUCUUUGGAGAUUCCAAGUCGUGGGAUUGUGUUUAUUAGUUAUACUGCAGGAAAAUACCGAGACAAGCUGAAUGGUGCAGGCUUUGUUGAAAAUGCUAAAGUUGCCCUGUCGCUGCCGUACCAUAUAGCUGGGUUUCACUAUUGUGUGGAUGAAGCAAUCUCGGUUGCGAUUGCCAAGGCCGGGAUCACCAUAACUCCGGACAAGUUUCGCUCAAAGAUAAAAAUUCAUCAUGGUUCCCCUGUCGAAUGUCAGUAUAAUCUGUCGACAUAUGGCAUUCCACCAGAAGCGUUGCAAUUUGCAGUGAACGACAACGAAGACAUGUUGGACAAUCAUCUAAGCUGGUACGAAGAUUGUCUCCGGCAAGAGUCCACAGUUGAAGCAUCAUCACUGAGAGAUCCAAACAAACAUGAACCAAAUACGAAUGAUGUUGUUUUCAUUGGAAAAAAGACAAAGGGCAAUGGCAAUGAACGUUUGCGACGUCUAGCAUUGCGUCAUUCCAGUCCAUACUCUUUGGGAGGCCCCAAAGAGAAGAGAGAACUAGUGGACUCCAUGAUAGCUGAAAUCAAGCGAGGUGGAGGCAGAUUCCUCAAGCAAGACUCGACCGGUUUAUGGUGGGAAGACGUUCCAAUCAGCGAAGUUCGCGAAAAGAUUACUCAAAUGUUUCGGAAUUUGCGUCGUCCAAGCGGAUCGCAACAAAGGGCAGCGGCGAAUACUGAAACGGGAGGUGGGCGGAUUACUGUGGGUGAACCGACUGAGAAUGAUGUCUUGUUUGGAAGACAGUUCAAUCAGGCAGGAAACCUGCGACUUCGAGAACUUGUAGAGGGAAUGGCCUUGGAAUACGAUGCGUCCAAUAGAGGUAAAAAGAAGAAGCUUGCAGAGUCCAUAGUGAAGGAGAUCAAGGGCACUGGGGGAAGAUUCCUAAAACCGAUCAAGGACGGUGGGCAAUGGGAGGAGGUUUCCGAUGUAGCAGCUGGAAUCAAGAUUGCCACACACUUUCGCAACUAUCGAAGGUGCCAAAAGCCAAAAGAUACUAUCUAG